CUGUGUAUAUUCAAACAACUAAGAAAGAUUAACAGUCUUCAAUCAUACAUCUUCUCUUUACGAAUAUAUUUUUACAUAUAAAUAUCUCCACUUCUCUUCCUUCAAACUCAUCACUCUCAAUUUCAAAACACAUCAAACAAGAAAACAACUCUCUUCUAUCCCAAGCACAAAUUCCUUUCUGCACUACCCAUUUCUAAUUCUUUUAUCUCCAAAAAGAAAAAUGAAGAUGUCUUCAGUAUUCGCAAUUUUCAUGAUCAUGGGUUUAUUAUCAACCUCAUCAAGGGCUCAAGCUCCGGCAGCAACACCAACAGUUGCACCGGUUCCUAUUGCCUCUCCACCUACCGUUGCACCAAUACCAGCAGUUUCAUCACCAACACCAUCAGUUGCACCAUCAGCAGCACCAGUUACAUCACCAACUCCAUCACCUACCGUUUCACCAACAUCAGCCCCUACUCCAUCUUCAUUAGCUCCAACACCUGCUACUGCUAAAGCUCCAGCUGCUGCUUCCCCUGGUACCACCCCUGCUUCCGCUCCAGGAGCUGAUGGUCCAGCUGCUGAUGCACCAUCAUCAAGUGCACACAGAUUUGUUGCUAUCGGAUCUGGUUUUGUUGGUACCUUUGUUGCUUCUGUUUUCUUAUUCUAAGCCCAAGAUUAUUGAGCAAAGGAUAGCCGUCAGAAUUCUAUCUACGGUUCGGUUGAACGGGCGUGAUUUGAGCUCAUCAUUCUUUUUUCAAAUUCGUGUGUAAUUCCAUUUUUGUUACUAUAAUUUUUUCUAUUUUGAUUUAUUAUUCUUUGUUUGGGACCAUCACUGUGACGGUGAUAGGACGGUGGGGAUGGAUGAUUCGGUGUACAUUGGGAUACUUUUGAAUAGAUAAUAAUUCUUGGUGAGAUGAUGGUUGUUAAAAAAAUUUAUUAUGGUUAA